GCUGUUCCGUCAGCAGCGCACGCGGAAAGGACGCGCCACAGCCUUGACAAUAGUUGAGCGCCGAAGCCAACGCGCGCUCGCAGUCAGUCGAUCGACCGCCGCCGGGGAGCGCGGACUCGCAACAGCUGGAGCGAUACGAUGAGCGGAUACCUGGGCGACUUGAGCGCACGCCAGCAGGCUGCUCUCGACAAGCUCCGCGAAGCGGUAGCAGACGUGAAGAAGCCCUCGCACACGGAUGCAUUCCUGCUGCGCUGGCUACGGGCCCGGGAGUUUGAUGUGUCCAAGGCGGAGCGCAUGUACCGUCACGACCUCGAAUGGCGUAAGGAACAUGGCGUCGACGACAUGAUUAGCAGCUACGAGAUACCGGAGCUGGUGAAGGAGAAUUUCCCAGGCGCAAUACUUCACCCGUGCAACGAUGGACGGCCAAUGUGGAUUAUUCCAUCAGGAAUCGACAUGAAAGCAUUUGUGGCGCUCCUGACCCCUGCUGUCGUGCAACGCCACUGCAUCUACAUGCUGGAAUAUGCGGAAUCACUGAAGCGAUCCGCAUCAAAAGAGGCAGUAACAGAAAUGGAGACCCACUACCUGGUCAUUGACGUAGAAAAUUUCAGCAUACGUCAAGUCUACAGCUGGGAGGUCGUAAAGACCAUCACGGACAUGCUGCAAAUGAUGGAGGACCACUUCCCCGAGUGUCUCGAGAAGUGUAUCAUCAUAAACGCACCGUACUUUUUCCCCAUCAUGUGGAAGCUGAUACGGCCCUUCUUGACGGAGAGGACGACCAACAAAGUGGAAAUCUUCGCAAAGGCUGACGCCUGGAAGGAGCGCCUGGUGGACAUCGUUGGCGCCGCCUCCCUUCCCGCCCACUGGGGAGGAGACAUGGUCGGCCCUGACGGAGACCCACGCUGCAGGCACAAGGUGAACUACGGGGGUCGGUUCGAAGAAGGCCCAGAUCGGCCGACAUGCUCCCUGUUCGACGAGCCGGGCGCCAAGAAGCAGACCAUAGGUCGGCGGGACCGCUGGGAGUUGGAGGUGAACGUGUCGUGUGCGGGAGCGGAGCUCAGCUGGCGUUUCCAGACGGCUGCGGGAGACCUGGCCUUCGGAUUGCGCAUGCGCGAUGGAGAAUCUCUGCUGCCCCUCCGACGCAUUGACGCAAGCUGUCACAUUCCCCAGGAAGGCAGCUGGCCAUGCGCGCGGGCCGGAACAUACGUGCUGGAUUUCGACAACUCCUACAGCUGGCUGACGGACAAGAAGCUGGCCUACGUCGUCAAAGUGCAGGCGGCGGACGAGAGCCAUGUGCCUUAGGAUGUACCAAAUAAAGACGUUUAUAUUUGUGUGCACUGGUUAACUGGACUCGAAGAAGAAAAGCAAGGCCGUACUAGUCAAUUAUGCUUCUGAAAUAGCAAAA